CGCGCAACGUUGACCACAUCGAUUGACGAUCGACUGGGGCAAGUGUGCGCUUGGGUUCAUUCGUUCGGUAACAAUGGCGGCAGAUCUGGACCAGUUUCAACAGCUUCUGAAUACACUCCUCAGCACAGAUAACGAUGUCCGGACGCAGGCGGAGGAGGCGUACGGUAAUCUUCCAGUGGAAAGCAAGGUGACAUAUCUUUUAACUACUGUUUGCAAUGGUACACUUGCGGAAGAUAUGCGGACCAUUGCCGCAGUGUUGUUGCGUCGAUUAUUCUCCUCAGAAUUUAUGGACUUUUAUCCUAAGAUUCCACCAGAAGCGCAAGGCCAGUUAAAAGAACAAAUUUUAUUAUCAGUUCAAAAUGAACAAACCGAAGCGAUCCGACGUAAAGUUUGUGACGUUGCAGCUGAAGUUGCCAGGAAUUUAAUAGACGAAGAUGGUAAUAAUCAAUGGCCGGAGUUUCUUCAGUUCCUAUUUCAAUGCGCGAAUAGUCCGUUGCCAGCAUUAAAAGAGAGUGCACUUCGUAUGUUCACAUCCGUCCCAGGCGUAUUUGGAAAUCAACAAGCAAAUCAUCUCGAACUUAUAAAACAAAUGUUACAGCAAUCUGUUAUGGAUAUGGCAAAUUAUGAGGUCAGAUUUCAAGCGGUACGAGCAAUUGGAGCAUUUAUAACAUUACAUGACAAAGAAGAAAAUAUAUAUCAACAUUUCACAGAACUAGUUCCAGCUCUUGUACAAGUAACUGCUCAAUCUAUAGAAAAGCAAGACGAUGAUGCUCUUAUAAAGGUGUUGAUAGACCUUGCUGAAACCACGCCAAAAUUCCUCAGGGGACAAUCAGAUAACAUUAUGCAGAUGUGCAUGAAUGUAAUCUCCAAUGAAGAGAUCCCUGACUCUUGGAGGCAAUUGGCAUUAGAGGUUAUUGUAACUUUGGCGGAAACUGCACCAGCUAUGGUGCGGAAAGUUGGUCAACGGUAUAUUGUAGCCUUGGUGCCAUUGAUAUUGAAGAUGAUGACUGAUUUGGAAGAAGAUGAAAAAUGGAGUUUCUCUGAUGAGAUCAUUGAAGAGGACAAUGACAGUAAUAAUGUAGUUGCAGAAAGUGCUUUAGAUAGAUUAGCGUGUGGCCUAGGAGGAAAAACAAUGCUACCACUAAUUGUGCAAAAUAUCCCUACAAUGUUAAAUAACAGCGAUUGGAAGUAUAGGCAUGCAGCACUUAUGGCUAUCUCAGCUGUUGGUGAAGGAUGCCAUAAGCAAAUGGAAGCUCUUUUACCACAAAUAAUGGAUGGAGUCAUACAAUAUUUACAAGACUCUCAUCCUCGUGUGAGGUAUGCUGCCUGCAAUGCAGUAGGGCAAAUGUCCACAGAUUUUUCGCCUAUGUUUGAAAAGAAAUUUCACGAUAAAGUUAUCCCUGGAUUAUUGAUGGUAUUGGACGAUAAUGCGAAUCCCAGGGUUCAAGCUCACGCCGGCGCCGCUCUUGUAAACUUUAGCGAAGAUUGCCCGAAAAAUAUUCUGAUACCGUAUCUCGAUGCCAUAAUGGCUAAACUUGAAUCAAUCCUGAAUGCUAAAUUCCAUGAAUUAGUUGAAAAGGGAACGAAGCUCGUACUUGAACAGGUUGUCACAACAAUUGCCUCUGUUGCGGACACAUGUGAAGAGCAAUUUGUAGCGUAUUACGAUAGGUUAAUGCCUUGUUUAAAAUAUAUUAUUCAAAAUGCAAAUCAACAAGAACACAAAAUAUUACGAGGUAAAACGAUUGAAUGUGUCAGUCUCAUAGGGUUAGCUGUUGGACCAGACAAGUUUAUUGCUGACGCUAGUGACGUUAUGGAUAUGUUACUCAAAACGCAUUCAGAAGGCGAUCUUCCCGAUGACGAUCCACAAACCAGUUAUCUUAUAUCUGCUUGGGCCAGGAUUUGUAAAAUUCUUGGAAAACAAUUUGAACAGUACUUACCAUUAGUAAUGGGCCCCGUAUUACGAACAGCCGCUAUGAAACCUGAAGUUGCGCUACUCGAUAAUGAAGACAUGGAAGGUAUUGAAGGUGAUCUUGACUGGCAAUUUGUUUCACUAGGCGAGCAACAAAACUUUGGAAUCAAAACAGCUGGUUUAGAGGAUAAAGCUUCUGCAUGCGAAAUGUUAGUUUGUUAUGCACGAGAAUUAAAAGAGGGCUUUGCGGAUUAUGCGGAAGAGGUUGUACGAUUGAUGGUGCCGAUGUUGAAGUUUUACUUCCAUGAUGGUGUCAGAACUGCAGCUGCAGCAAGUUUGCCGUAUCUUCUCGACUGUGCUAAAAUAAAAGGUCCACAGUAUUUAGAAGGCAUGUGGGCAUAUAUUUGUCCAGAUUUGUUGAAAGCUAUUGAUACAGAACCAGAAUCUGAAGUGUUGUUGGAAUUAUUGUCUUCUUUAGCGAAAUGUAUCGAGACAUUGGGCGCAGGUUGUUUGAGUGCGCCACAUAUGACUGAGCUUUUACGGCUUUUAGAUAAAUUACUUAAAGAACAUUUUGAAAGAGCGGAUGCUAGAUUGGAGAAACGAAAAGAUGAAGAUUAUGACGAGGUUGUUGAAGAACAACUUGCUGAUGAAGAUAAUGAGGAUGUAUAUACGCUCAGUAAAAUCGCUGACAUUUUACAUGCCUUAUUUACAACUUACAAGUCUUCAUUCUUCCCAUAUUUUGAUCAAAUAUGUGGACAUUUUGUAAAAUUACUGAACCCCGAAAGCUCAUGGUCGGAUCAUCAAUGGGCUUUAUGUGUUUUUGAUGACGUUAUAGAAUUUGGAGGACCUGACUGCGCAAAAUAUCAAGAAUUCUUUUUGCGACCUAUGAUUCAAUAUGUUUCUGAUAAAUCUGCGGAAGUCAGACAAGCGGCAGCUUAUGGUUGCGGAGUUUUAGGCCAAUUCGGUGGAGAAGGCUUUGCCCAAGCGUGUGCCGAAGCUUUACCAAAACUGAUGGAGGUUAUAAGCGACCCCGAAUCUAGGUCGCCGGAGAAUGUAAAUCCCACUGAAAAUGCUAUUUCGGCAGUGACUAAAAUUCUCAAAUACAAUAGCACAGCAAUCAAUGUCGAUGAAAUUCUCCCUCACUGGCUAACUUGGCUACCAGUCGUCGAAGAUGAGGAUGAAGCACCUCACGUAUAUGGAUACUUGUGCGAUUUGAUCGAAGCAAAUCAUGCAGUAGUUUUAGGAACGAAUAAUGUGCAUUUGCCUCGACUUAUAAGUUUCUUUGCCGAAGCAAUGUUCAGAGAAGCUGUGCCUAAUGAUCAUCCCGUUAUGUCUAGAAUUCUUAGUAUCGUUAGAGAAAUACAAAACAACGACACGAUGUUUCAGGCGACCAUAAUGCAGCUAACAACAGAUCAACAACAGGCACUUCACGAGGCACUUAGUGCCUCGGCACUAACAAUAAGUUGAAUUUUUAACAUCGUAACAAAUAAAAAAAAUUAACGCGUAAUUAAUCUCCCGAAAAAACUGCAAAGGUUGUAGGUAUAUUAUAUCUACGAAACAUUCGCCUAGUACACAUACAAAUAUAUUUAAGCAUUUUACGUAUUAUUAUCCACGUACUUGUUGAGAGUAUGUAUUUCUGUAUCAUUAUCAGAUAUUAGUUUUCUAUCGUCAGGGAUUGUUAAACAUUUGAAAUUAAAAUUAGUUUGUCAUUAUUUGGUUUUACAACGCUUCUACGAAUGAAGUCGAGAAAAAAUUUUAUUGUGAAUGAGCUCACAUUUGCACAAUUUAAAAAAAAAGCUAUUCAUAUAUCCUUAAAAUAUUUUAAACUCAAUAUUUUAUACAUAUAUACUUGUUGUAUAUAUAUACCUCUUUUCUUCUUGCUUCACAUUGAUGAAUAUUAUUGAAAUAUUAUUAAAAAGUUUAUGAAUAAUGACGUUGACUUAAAUCAGACAUUCAAGCAAUCAGACGAUCAGGUGAUAAUGUUCUCCUGCCAUUGAGAAUCGAACGAUGCUAAAUUGUCUUAAAAAUAAAAAUGGCUUUGUAAAAAAAUUGCGUAAUGUUACAUAAAUAUAGCUUUGUUAUGCGAAUAUAACAUUAAGGAAUUAUGAUUUUGUCACUGUGAUCUUACAAAAAAAAUUUGUCUAUUCUCAAAUUGUUUCCACGUUCUGACAAAAUGACAAAGCUAAUACAAGAUAGACUGGAAAGCCUCGUUGUAGCCAUGAAGUAAACGCGUGACAUUGUGAUUUAGGUAUUUUUAUUAUUAAAUUUAGAUACAGUAAAUGUUAUUUAAUAAUAUCGAUAAUGUUGCAACGUUAAGGUUCUGUAUACGAAUGCCUUUGGAAUGAAACGUAAUGAAAAGUUUAAAAGCUUUUAGAUAUCAAGAUCCAGAUAAGACUUUGUGACAUAUAAAAAAAAUGUACUUUUUUCCUCAUAGAUAAAAAUGUUUAUCUAAAUGCUGCAAAUUUUUGUAAUCUUACAGCUAAUAUUUAAUUAACUGUAACUUUACAACUUGCUCAUGUCAUAAACUAAACGUUAUUCCAGAAUAAAAAAGAUAUAAAAAAUGUGUGCAAAAAAAGGACUUUUAGUAAUACGAAAUGCAUUACGUUUCCUUGGGCUAAAAUAACACCCAGGAUGAGGAUUGAAAUGUUGAAUAAGAAAGGACUGAGCGAAAUAAUUUGUUUAACAGCUCCUUCUGUACUUGUUGCUAUUUAUUUAUAAAAUAUGUACUCCGAUACUUGUGAUUGUAUAUGAAAUUUCAUCAAUGGAAAAUUUAUCUUUAGUACACCUUCACGGCUACUCCAGUAUAAAUGCUCCAAGUAACCUUUUUUUACUGAGACGUGUAGAGGAGUAAAAAGUAAAGAAUAAACAUUUCUUUGUACAUACGUCGAAGUAUAUGAAAAUAUCGUGAAGAAGUAUAUAGAGUAGAAGUACUCGAUUGUAAGUAAUCCUUGAUAUACGGUAGGCACUGCCUCGGCAUUUCACAGAAAAUCAACAACUCGGCAACUUGUAAGAUGCACAUAAUUGCAGCAAAUACAUACGGAAAAUCAAUACUGGAUUAUUUGUGCGAUACGCAUUUGCAACAGAAA